GGGCGCUCGGCCCGGGGCGGCGCGGCGCUCCCCAUGGGACGGGCCGUGCUCGGGAGGGGUCCCGGCGCCUGACAGGCCCCGCGGGGGCGGCGACCGCGGCCCGGCGGGCCGUGGCUCGGUUCGGCUGCCUGGAGCGGAGGCAGCGGCUUCGUCGAGGCGGCCUUCGCCCGGCCGUGCCUCGGUAGGAGCUGUCGCGUAACCCGAGUCGGUGGUUCUGGUGCAGCUUUGGCGUGCGGGGAGGGAGGGCGGACGCGCCUGUGUCGGGGUCUGCUGUUAACCCGAGCGGGGCGUAAAAUCCCCGGCACGGCGGACUGGAGAGGAACGAACUUGGCCCCGUUCGGGGAGGUGUUCACUGCCAGGAGCUGGGAGACUUUUCAGCUGCUGCUGUUCCAUCAGAGAAGGUGGAAGUUCUAGUGAAACCCCAAUCUCCGUAAUGCAAAGGUCUUUCCAAAUCCCGGCAGGCGUGCACAGCGUGUAGAGUUGGAAUUCGCUUAGAGUGAAUCAGAGUUGAGAGUUAAUUUGGAACAAGCCAGAACAGUCUCAGAAACAUUAAAGUGGGUAAGCCUGGUUUCCAAGGGAAAACAAAGUGCGAUAGGAUUAGCUGCACUGCAGUUGUUACGUGUUGCAGAAUACUCAACAUCUGGAUCCGAAUGUGCUUGUGUUUCAUUGCCUGUCCAGGGACAGCUCCAAACAGUUCCACCUGUCCCGGGCAGUGUGCUGGGAAAAUACCACGAAAAUGCGUUCUUUGCAGCUUGUAAAUCUACUGCAAAAAAUGUUGCUGAUAUCUAGAGAACAUAGUAUUGCAUUACUUAAAAGAAACAUCGGAGCCAAAAAGUCAACAAUUUGAUGAAGAAUGGCUACUGUUAAAAAAACAAACAAACAAAACCCUGCCAAAACCAAAAAAGAAAGUGGACAGAUUAAAAUGCACAAUAGUGAUGAAGUAUUAUCUUGAUAGUAAAUAAAAUUGUAAUAUCAGGAUGUUCAAGAGGUCUCUUCCCACUUUGUGAAAGUUCCAGCUGUGUAUAUAUCCUCACUCUCAAAAUACAGGCUGGAGUUCUUUUAUAAUGGAAGUGGCAUUUCAAAGUUGUCAGGUAUUUGGAAAAUGUGGCUAUUUAGCAUUACAUAAUGGGGAUAUUGUGAAAUUUGUGCACAAAAUAAAAGCUUUUGAUCAUUACUUUUAAGAUCUUGUUGAUUGAAGUGUAUGUAUCAUCAACAUGCCCCUUUGUUUUGUUUUUCUGGCAGAAUACAUUUGUUGAUACUGGAAUCAUAGACACAUAGAAUAGUUUUAUUUAGAAGGCACCUUUUGAUCUUGGCUUAUCUCCAGUUUGCCUCCUGGUAACUUUUUUGCAUUCAGAAAUAGAUGUGUGCCUGCAACUACUUUUGUGGCAAUUUGAUUUCUAGAGUCAAGAUUUAGAGAUUAUUUCUAUUGAGGUUUCUAAUUCUUACGUGAAACUAUUUUUAUGCAUUGAUAGGUGUUUCGUUUUUUUCUUUUCAAUCACUUCCACACAGGCAAGCAGUUCGAGGAAGACAGUUAAGAGAAUGAGGGAUGAAAGUGUCACUUGGACUUCAUAUCUGCUUUCUGUGGAUAUUUGCUCAUAUAAGAGGGUCCUUUUUUUUUAUAAAACCCUAAAUAUGCAGUUCCAACAAUAUCUCUGCUGCACUAUGCUGACCACUGAGAAUGAGUUUGCAGCGUUGCUUGGUACUGGCACGUGCGUAUGUAUACAUGUCCACGUGUGUACAUACAUCUAAAUAAAUUGAUUUUAUUUUGAUGCUGAAAUCAUCCACUCUUUAAAGUGAUUUUCUGUACACGUGUUGUGAAUCUUGGUGAGGUAAAAAUAAAUACUUUAAAAUUUUUGUUAGACAAAUGUCUGAAUUAAUAAAGCUUUACUGAACUGAGUGUCAAGGGUUACUCCCUUGACUGCUUUGCUCCCCAGGCAGUUAGUGAGGUUGUGUCCCACAGCACUGCCAGAGACCUCACCUGCCAGGCAGGAGCUUUGCUUGUGGUUUCAUUGCAGGUAUUCAGUACUUUGGGUAGAACAUGGCCUGUCUGGCUGCAGAGAAGGAAUAAUGACUCUCACUGGACGUUCUGUUAUCUACGGAUGCAAGAAUGUAAGAGCUAAGCUUUCUAGUAACUACAGUUCAGCCUGUAUUAACUGGCUUGUGUUUCUGAGGAAGUGGGCAUUUCCUGCAUUUUUAGGAGGUAAAGUAAUAAAGUUUUAAAUUGUUGUGUAGUUGUCACCUAACAGAUUUUGUAUUGUAGUCCAAACUAGACAUGAAGCAGACUGACUUUCAAAGCUGUUUUCCAAUUAAUAAUAUGCCUUAUGCACCUUUUGUGUGUGCUUUCCUACAGAUAAUUUGGGCAAACUGCUUCUAUCUUCUUUAAUUCCAAUGGGCAUUUUGGAGGAAGUGAUGAAUUAAUGCAAAAACCAAUUCUACAUAUUUGAAUAGUGCUGCUUGUAUUAUUAGAAAUUUGUUGUACUUCAGUUGUUGGGAGAUUAUGUGGGUUUUUUACCCUCCUUUAGUUUUGGAGUUUUUUAUUGGCUGCAAAAUUAAACGUUUUAGAAGUUUUUUAUCAGUGAGGUAGCUUACCCUGCUUUGGGGAUGGAGUUUCAGUACAGCAGGAAUGCUGUGUGGCAUGUUAUUUAAGGCCAUCCAAGAGCACUGUAUGUUGACUUUUAAGGGAUAAUUAGUAUUUCACUGUUAUGAGAAGUAUAAACUGGUAGAAUGUUCUAUGAUCAGUCGCUCCCCUAUUUUCAAAGGUUAUUUCAAGAGUGUCUUGGAGACCCUCCCCAGCCUUGACAUACUUGAUGGCAGUUUUCCUUUGAUACAGCUAGCGUUAAUUAGUGUGGCUUUUGUAAAUCUGAAGAGUGAUGCAAAGGCAUCACUGAAAAGAGUAAGACUGAUGAAGACUUUUGCCCAAAAACUUCCAUGAUCAUAGCUGUUAAGGUAACAUUCCUAGGUUAAAAUUCUCUUGAAUGAUAUUUGCAGUGAUGUCCUGAGUUCUCACACAGAUGGUGCAAAUACUAGGUCCUACACAAUGCAAGGGAGGAGUGCACUGAUUUAUACAAAUACCUGCUUAUUUUCUUGCCCUCUCUGUAUUCUGAGUAGUUAUGUAUGGAGGGAAUAUCACAGAAUCAUUUAAAUCGAAAAGACGUCCAAGAUCAUUGAGUCCAGUCUUUAACUGAUCACCGCAUUGUCAACCAGACCAGAGCACUGAGUGCCACAUCCAUUAACACUUCCAGGGAUGGUGACUCCACCACCUCCCUGGGCAGCCUGUUCCAAUGCUUAACAACCCUUUCAGUGAAGAAAUUCUUCCCAAUUUCCAACCUGAAUCUCCCUUGCUGCAGGUUGAGGCCGUUUCCUCUUGUCCUGCUGCUUGUUGCUGGGUAGAGGCAUUUUUGGCAUCAUAGAGUACUUUGUUUUGGUUUUGUCUUAACUUUCAUUAUGACCCUCCUGGCUUUUCUAUGCAUUUCUGUUCUCAGAUGUGCUACAACAGUAAUGGUUUGUAAUGUGGGGUUUUUUUUCCCAAGGAUUCCUUGUUGCUGAUUUAAGAAAAUGCAAGGGAUCUUUUCUCCCACCUUAGUGUGAGUUAAAAUGAGUAUAAUUUGUGUCAUUCACCUGUCUGUGGGAACGGUGAAUCAUACUUCAGUGAGUGAAGGAAAUUAAACAGGUGCAGACUUAGAAGCAGAAACUAAUACUAUGUUGGCAGACACACAGCUUCGUGUUAUAGUUAUAUGAUGCUUCUCUGCUGCUACUGUAUGAUGUCAGUAAAAUUAAAUACCUAAUGUGGUUUGUCAACAUCUAUUCUUGUUUUUUAAAUUAAAUAAGCGUUUUCAUAGAACAUAAUUUUUAAAGGAAAUUUCUUUUGAAAUCUAAUAAGAAAUUUUAUCCCUCUCAUAUUCAGAGGUACUUCAAUGAACACUUUUCUUUGAAGACAUAGGCCAGCAAUCCACUACUACUAAAGCCAUUUUGUGGGCUAUAUUUGCUGUAUAAAACCCUGAUGAAUAAAUGUAGUGCAGAUGCAAAGAGAAUUUAUAUGAUUCUUUUGAGUGUGACUGCAUCAUCUGCUACAAAAUAGACAUGAGGCUCAACAGAGAGCCCUUCUAGGACUUAGUGAACCUGGUGUGCAUUUUUGGCCUGUGCCUUCAGCCAGUUUCUUGGAUACAUAAUAGCUAUGAAAACCUUAAACACUUUGACCUACUUUUGAGGAAAGGUUAAGAGAGGACCUAAUUGUAGACAGGUGCCCAGACUCAAAUUUUGCAGGGCUAUGCCCUAACUUUACACUAACUCCCAGGCAGGGAUGAAAGCUAAAGCAAGAUGAAAUGCAUUACUUUUUAACAAUGAGUGUACCUGGCACUGCUGUGACUUUACAAAAUCACAGAAUAUUCUCAGUUGGAAGGGACCCAAAAGGAUAAUUGAAUCCAGCUCAAGUUGUCUUAGUUCUCACUACCCCCAAAUGCUCAAGUUUAUAUAUUGCAAAUAAAACUGUCGUAAUUCUGAGCUAUUGUUCUAUAUGACUGUACUGAGCCUAAAUAACACAGGUUUCCUCUGCACCUGCUGAGAUACUGUGGAAGGUACCGAAUGGGACUUCUGACUGAGCAUGAUUUCUUUUUCUUCUUCACCUGUGCUAAUUCUGUAAGGAAUGUUAUGUGUAUAAGUUUCAUUAUGACUGUCUGGUUAACUGCAGAGAUUUUUUUUUCUUUAGAGCAUACAGUGGAUGUGUCCAAAGUUCUUUUGUGUUUUAAAGUACCUUCUUGCUUCAGUUUAAUGCUAUAUGCCUGACCCCAAAGGAGAAGAGGUUAGGGAGAUGUUCCACCUUGAAGGAAGCUGUUAAAAAGCUUGGGGGGGGUUCUCAUUAGCCUUUUCAAACUGUAGUGAUCUUCCCAGAUUCUUUCAGAAAUGUUUCAGCCAUAAAUACUAUUGUCUUGAAAGUGCUACUGCUCUGCCAGCACUGAUGAAUAAUUGAGUAUUGUUAUGGUACAGUACCCUGCUGAACAUUAUUUUGGUUAAUGUUACUAGAAUUUUAUCAUGGAACUGCUAAGUUGAUCCUAUAUAGAAAUAAAAGAAAACCUUCUUGUGUAUGGGAAUAUAAUCUAUGGAUUACUUUUAUUUUCUAGAUAGUGACAUUAGGGACUUUUGUAAAUAAAUAAGAUCAUUUUUCUUCUGGCACUUAUUCACCAAUAAAACAUGGCGAGUGAUGCCUGCUUCUCUGAUGUGUGAUGCCCUGAUUUCCCCCCCAGGUCUUGCUUUCCCAAAUUGAUAUGAGGAAGUUGGGAUGCUCUGGUACUAACCCUGCCAAAAUUACUGCAGCCUCAAUGCUGUCCCUGCUAGGGGGAGGGAGGCCUGCUCCAGAAUGGGGUUUCCAUUGGUAACUGGUCACUUCUCCUCUAGCUGGAGAUUUAAGGUUGUGGCUGAAAUUGGAAGAAGGGUUCCCUUCUGUCCACUGCUGCUGUAUUUCAAAAUUCUUGUCCUUUAACCCCAGCUUUCCACAGAUGAUUUCAAGGUUACAGGAAGCAUGUAUCUGCAAAGGAAGGAACUAAGGUGGAAAAGUACUCGAAAGAGUAUGCUGUAGCUUGCUCUCUUUGUUUUUUAAGAGCAGCUGGGUAUAGAAUCUUGUUGUGCACUGCCUUUUGAUAGUGUGCACUUGACCUGUUUGCUUGCUCUCAAAGCUACACUGUAUGUUCCCUUGAUCCCUCUUGCAGGGCUUUUACUGCUUUUCUGCUACACUGAUGAACAGACUUACAGACCUUUGACUCCAUCAUCCUCUCCACUCAUGGCCAGAAUGUGCUGUUUACUCCUAGCAUCUUAAGCAAAAUAAGCUUCUUUGUUUCCCAAAAGAAAGAUGAAACAACUCUGAGAACAGAUACAUAUAUGCAUAUGGAGAUAAUAGGGUGUUCUAAUCGUCAUGAUAGGCAAGGAUCACAGUGGAUUCCCAUCUCCUUGGUGUCUUUCUGGUUCUCAUGCUUUCUCUGGUAUGUGUUUGCAGUCCAUUUUCAAUGCGUGGCCGCAUCCCAGGGACCCUGAAUUCAUCUAGAGAUUCUAUGAUGAAAAGAACAUAAUUUCUUUUUCCUCUAUCAUAAGCCAUAAAAUGUCCAUCUUCUCUCUUCUCAGGUGCCUAUCCUUAAUUCAUUCCUUCUGUCUGAACCAGUGCUAGUGGUGACAAUUUACGUUUUAGUAUUUUCUCCAGGAGUAAGUUAUUCUCCAUUUUGCUGGGUAAGAGCCCUUAGGGAAGUAUGGGACAAGGAGGAACUCCACUGUCUAUUUGUGACAAACCUUCUGUACAUCCUAGACUAGAAUGCCAAAUUAUUGCUGCUGGAGGCUGGUCUUUUGGUCUCUACAGAGUUCCUGACUCAGCAUGUAACAUAAUAGAAAAAAAAAUCUGCUAGUAUAUUGUGAUACAUUGGAUAUGCUUCCUGCAUCUGAAGUCAAUGGAUGAUGUUGAGAUCUGUUUGUUCAAUUGGAAAAGCAGAUUACUCUUUACAUCUGUAGAAAUGGACAGCAGCAGUUUCAUUCAGUUUGAUGUGCCGGAGUACAGCAACACUGUUCUGAGCCAGUUAAACGAGCUCCGCUUGCAAGGGAAACUCUGUGACAUAAUCGUGCACAUCCAGGGUCAGCCGUUCCGUGCCCAUAAAGCUGUCUUAGCUGCCAGUUCUCCGUAUUUCCGCGACCAUUCAGCAUUAAGCACCAUGAGUGGCCUAUCCAUAUCGGUUAUUAAAAACCCCAAUGUUUUUGAACAGUUGCUUUCUUUUUGUUACACUGGAAGGAUGUCCUUGCAACUGAAGGACGUUGUCAGUUUUCUGACUGCAGCUAGCUUCCUACAGAUGCAGUGUGUCAUUGACAAGUGCACACAGAUACUGGAGAGUAUUCAUUCAAAGAUCAGUGUUGGUGAUGUUGAUUCUGUUACUGUCGGUGCCGAAGAAAAUUCAGAGAAUCGUAAUGGCGUUAAAGACAGCAGCUACUUUGCCAACCCUAUUGAGAUAUCUCCUCCCUAUUGCUCUCAGGUGCGACAGUCAGCAGCAGGCAGCGACCUUCGGAUGGAAACUACUCCAGGCAAAACUCUUCGUAGUCGUCUGCAAGAAGAAGGGCAUUCAGACAGAGGGAGCAGCGGUAGUAUCUCUGAAUAUGAGGUUCAGAUUGAAGGUGAUCAUGACCAAGGAGACCUGAUAGUAAGGGAAAGUCAGAUUGCAGAGGUGAAAGUUAAAAUGGAAAAGUCUGACAGACCAAGCUGCUCUGAUAGCUCUUCCCUUGGUGAUGAUGGAUAUCACACUGAAAUGGUGGAUGGAGAGCAGGUGGUCGCAGUAAACGUUGGUUCCUAUGGGUCUGUCUUACAACAUGUUUAUUCAUUUACUCAUGCCUCAUCACAGGCAACAGGUGUGUCAGAAACCUUUGGAAGCAUGAGCAAUACAAGUCCUUCAAGGUCAAUGCUGAGCUGUUUCAGAGGAGGUCGUGCACGCCAAAAACGAGUACCUACGGGUCACUUGCAUAGUGAUGUCCAGGGCUUGGUGCAAGGGGCUGACACUGAAUCCAUGGGUACACUAAACCAGCACUUGCGAAAAAAUCACCCGGGAGUUACAGAAGUGAGAAACAGGGUUGAGUCUCCAGACAGAACAGAAGCGUUUGUGGAACAGAAAGUAGAUAACGAUGCUUCAGCUUCUGAAGCCAUGGAUUCUAGUAUGGAAAUUCAUGCAAUGUCUAACACAUCUGAUUAAAAUCUUAUAUCUAAGUGAAACACAGACAAGCACAUUACUUAUGUAUUUUUAAAGUAUUUUAUUCUUUUAGUAAUCUUCAGUACAAGUAUAACAGCCUUUUCAUUUUCCUGACCUUCUGGAAAUCAGUUAGAAAUGGUUUCUGGAGAAGACUUCAGAAGUAUUCUUUGUUUUUGAAGGAGGCUGAUUUGUUUGGGGUUUGUUUUUUUGUAUUUGAAGACGCUCAGAAUAUAAAGACAGUGUACUGGGGAAAGGCUAGGAAGAGUCUGGUGAAGUGUCCCUGCUGAUUGAUCUGGUGAGACGCAAAUGCCAGUGGAGAAAGAUAUUAGAAUAAGAUUGGCAGCUCUGCUGAAUGUUCAAAGAAGCUGUAAUUUCCUUUAUUUCUUAAAUCCUGUUGCUGGUAAUGAGUUACACAGCAGUUGGGAGAGAGAAUAUUACAGCUUUGAUUCCUCUCCUGUCACAAUGAAAUCUGUUCACUCUUACUAACUGGUUUUGGUAGUGAGACUGUUUAUAUAUAUAAAUUUGCUUUAUAUAUAUAAAAUGCUUUCACUUUCCCUUUUCUGUGUCAAGGCUAAUACCAUAUGCCACUCUAUCAACCGUUAGGACUCCUCUCUGCUUAGGGUUUAGAACUUCGGACUUUGGGAGGAUGGUUUUGGUUUUAAACAAAUGUUGUUUGGUUUUCAUUUUAUUAAACUAUUACUUUGUGUGCAAAAGUGAGCAAAGUGAAUUACCUUGUUUUAAUAGCUUUGCUUUAUAACAUAUGUUAACCAAAUGCCAUAAAUCUAUUAACUAUGGUUAAAUUGUUGAAAGGUUUUGUUAGUUGUCUAGAAUGCAAGCUGGACAACCUGUGGUGCUGACCUUUUUAUAUAUAUAGAGAUAGAUAUAUCUAUAUAUAUAUAGAUAUACACAUAUAUAUAUAUCUAUAUAUUAAAAAAAAAUAUUAGCAAACCUAAAAGUAGCAUUGUGGUCUAAAAUGGGUUUUUACUGGCCUCAGAAUCUACCUUCAUUUUGUACUGUAGAACCGUACCAGGUAAUUAAACUUAACUUCAUCACUCUUCAUGGUUGGUUAAAACAUGAGAGAGAUGUAGUUUAAAUCACAGUAUUUCCGAGCAGUAUUUUAAUAGGUCUCUUCACAGAGAGCUGCUUUCAGGUGCACGUUGGCUUCCUACUUAAAUUUCCGGGUGAUAUGCCAGCACUUGGAAUUUGUACUUUUUUUGUAUAGAAAAACAAAUACUUUAUGGGAAUUUUGAGCAAUAUGUUAUUUCAUGUGUGAGUAUCACAGAGUUGCUAUGGCUUCUCUGUUUUUUCAGUGGUUUUUUUCUCUAUAAAGAAGCUACCAACAACUUUAAAAAUACUCUAAAUCUUUUUUGUUUCACCAAAUACGUGUUUUUAAUAUGGUGCUAACUUCAUUAUUUAGGUCAGUAUAAUAUAUAACAUGUGAAACAUAAUGGUCAAGGGAAAAAAAUCCCCAAAAGCAGACAAACAAAAGCCCCCCUACACAAACCAACUUCCCUAAGAUCCCAACUAAACAGAAAAAAAAAAAAGGAAAAAAAAAGAGGAAAAAAAAAAAAAGAAAAAAACCCAAUACCACAAAAAACCAAUGGCUUAAAAGACCUCAAAAGCAUGGGCUGGCAAACACUACUGUUUAACAUUCUACCUGAUGAACAGAAUUAGUUAUUAAACUAAUCACAUCCUUCUUUAGAAUACAGGUUUUAUAUUAUUGGGUCUUAUGUUUGUUUAGCUGAUACUGAAAAUCCAUUUGUGAACGUGCUGUUUAACUCCCAAAAAUUAGAAAAUGAAAGUGCAUUUCUAAAUUAUUGGAAAGAAAAAGGUAGGUUUGCUAUCUUGUAAAACUUUUUGGCCUCUGUGAAGCUGGGACAUAUUUGUGCAGCGGCUUUAUUAAAUACACUAGUUCUUCAUAUUGUGACACACUGCAAUAAGAAUUAAUCUCUCAAACAUGGAUUUACAGUAUAACCUCCAACUGCUCCAUUGGAGUAGUUUCAGUCAAAUUAAGUACAUCAUUUGCCUCUUUGUCCUAAAACUGCCUAAAUAAAGAGGCAGGGGGUGGGGAGAUGCUUCUCUCCUUGAAGCAACAACAGAAAUUUUGUUUCCAGUGAGGGAAGGGAUAGUCUGUGUCUAAAGGCAGGUAGUCUGUAUGUUUACUCACCUAAAAACAUGGUGUUUCUGAUACAGUUUUUUCCUUGAGUGUUUGUUUUAAGUAAUUAAAUGCAAAAAGUGUGUUUUGGUAAAUUAAGUUUGAGACAUGCAAAAUCCAAGAAAUGUAUAGUUAUUCUUAACCCUUUAUCUUGAACCUGUGCUGUGGUGCCUUUGGUGUGAAUUUUUCCCUGGAAGGAUGACUUGAGGAUAGCAGGAUAUGGGUACAAAUUUAUAUUUCUUGAAUUUCUGUGUCACAAUCUUAGCAUUAUUUAAAUCUAGUUCUUUGUAUUUGUAAAUGUAUUAAAAUGGUUUGAGUUUACCAAAGAGUGACUUAUCCAAAAUUGUCUCAGACAAAAGCAAACAAGAAAACAACAUCACGUUGAUUGUACAGGUUCAGGUUCAAACCGUUGUAACAGACUGUUAAGGGGCAGGAAAUGAUCCGCUUUUCUCCAAGCCGUGGUCCAGCAGUGUGCAAGUCCCUCCCCGCGCGGGCAGCGCUCUUGCCUCCAAGCCAUAGUCCAGCUCUGCGGCGCAGCCGCGCGCCCGGGCUCUGCCAGACACCACCGGCACCCCUGGCAGCAGCACUGCCACCGUGCCUUGUCACACAGCGCGGUGCCAGCAUCAGCGCUGGCACAGGCACGAGGCACGGCCGCUGAGCACGGUGCCAUUCCUUUAGCAGAGGCUGGAAACACUGUACCGUGUCUCGUGUCUGUGCGGUUCUUAGCACAGGGCUGUUACGCAUUUCAUUUACAAUAAAUGCAGAAGUCAGUAGAAUAUGUGAAGAAAUAUUUGACAGCAAAAUAAGUAAUGAAAUUAUACAGGCUGGUUCAUAAUUGAGUCUCUUCUUAAUCUACCUUUUUAAUUCUAGACAAAUGUGAAAACAGUGACAGUGUCCUUUCCUCUAGAUGCUUAACCUAUUCUGACAAACUGUGAAAAUAAAGGAUUUUAUACCUUUGCUAAUGUUUCUUGUUUAAAACUAUUAUUUUAGUUUCCUUUAUCAGUUAUCUCCCAUAUUACUUUUUUUAAACUUGUAAAUACGUUUAGAAAAUAGCUUUGUAAAUACUUACAAGUGUAUUAAAAGUUCAGUUUGGUCACUAAGGCCUCAAGAUUGGCUCUGCUUUUUGAGUGUGAAAUCUUUCUGUAGCAUAAAGGAUACUGUCAGUUCACUGUCAGCAGGGUAGACUGUAGGCCUAAAUUUAGAGUUUUAAUGCAGUCUUCCCCAGCAUAAAUUCAUGUUUUAUGCUGAAGCCUUUGGUUUACUUUGGACAAAACAAUGAGGCCUCAUAAUGUUUAGGCUGAAUUAUGGGAAGAACAACAGGAAUAAAAUCAAGGGCUGGGAAAAUACUGAAUAAGCUUUACCUUUAAAUAUAUAUAUAUUAUUUUAAUUUUUGUAUUAGUUUACUGUGAUUCUUUUAUUGUCAUUUUUCUAAACAGGUUUUACAUGAAACCAUUGAAAGGGACUCAAAUAUGCAACACCUAAUCUAUUUUCCAAGGGAAUUUUACCCUUGAAUGGUGCUUUUUGACUGGUCAGGGUUAUUUAUUAAAUUUUAUAUUUGAAAGUAUUUGGGGAAUUAUGUAAAUUCUUUAUAUGAAUCUCUUUAUUUCAUGAAUUGUAAAUUUCAUAAUACUCAGUGAUCAAAUUGGAAGUUUAGUAAAGUCAUUCAAAAUGUUCAAACUUUAUAAUCUGUGUGCAUUUUACAUAUGUUUUAUCAAGUGCCAGAAUACUUGUAUUUAAUAUUGUAGAUUUAAUACUACUUGCACAUCCCUGUGGCAGCAUUAACUUAAGUUAUGCAAGUUUACAUUAAAAAAAAACAAAAACGAAACAAAUAAGUAAGCCUGGGACGUGUGUUCCUGUAUUUCUUCAGGGGAUGUGAAGCCACGUAUCACUGACUGAGCAGGUUUGCUUCCUGCUCCUGUAGCUCACUCCUGCUAUGGCAGAUGCAGAACUGCUGAAUCCCCUUCCCACGGGCCGGGGAUUCAGCCUUUGAACUCAGCCUGAGAAGCUCUGGUUGUAGAUCUGGUUAGAGGUAGAGCUCUUGCACGAUUUUAACAGUGUUUGUUUCUGACUGAAAAUUUGUAUUUUAAAAUAAAUUUUAUUUGUAUGGUUAUUUUUCAAGAUAAAUAAUUGAACAGUUUGAAUGACUUGACUUGGUGUCAUUAUCUUGCAAUAUAAACCGGGAACCUCACACCUCCGCACUUCAUCGCCACGUGAAGUAAAUGAAGCUAGCUAAGCUGAUGCUGUAAGAAUUAGUAACUUGCCAUUAAGGAUUAUUUUACAGCAUGAACUUUAAAAUAUUUAUUCAGAUGAUAUUUUACUCUUGUAUUCACUUUGUUUUUAGAUUUGUGACAUGAAUAUUUCUGUGCUGCUUUAUUUUGUUCUGAUGAAUUUGUUUCUUGCUUGUAAAUUGCCUUUUUUAUGGUAUAAAGUCAAUCGGAAUUGCUGUUUGUAAAUUAAAAUGCUUCUAGAGCAAA